AUGUUGCCGGUUACCAGUGGUACCGUCGUCAUAAAAUUGUUAAGUUCUUAGAUUUGCUUUUAAUCCAUCCUUAGUUUUGAAAAGCCUUACUGGAUAAACAGGUCCGAAACAUUUUGUUAUUCUGGACAUUUAAAUUCGCUAAAGUUCGCCAAAAGUUGAGCUGCAGAACGGUCUUGAAUGCGGCUUCACCGUGACUCUUUACGUUACAAUGGUGACCGUAGUGGAAGUGCUGAGUCUCCUGCUGGUCUCGGUGCUGUGGGGCUGCACCAACCCUCUCCUGAAGAGAGGCACGGAGGGGAUAGAAAAUGUGACAAAGACCAGCAGGGUCUCACAGCUACUGGCUGAGGUCAAGUUUCUUUUCCUAAACCUCAAGUACCUGGUUCCAUUUCUUCUGAACCAGAGUGGCUCUUUGGUCUACUAUUAUACACUUUCCACCACAGAGUUAUCGCUUGCUGUUCCUGUGGCCAACUCUCUCACCUUUCUCUGCACUCUGCUCACCGGCAAGUUACUGGGUGAAGAGUUUGGAGGCAAACAGGCUCUCGUGGGAAUGUUCCUUACCAUGGCUGGCAUCACUCUGUGUGUUAUAAGCUCCAUUGAGGACAAAGACACUGGGGCACAGAAUAUGACGCAUGCUGUACACUAACAGAGAUCUGGAUUAAAGCAAAUUCUCCUACACUUUUGAGUAAUUCCGAAAGCAGAGCUGGAGCAGGACUAGAGGGAGCAAUUUAGAUUCAGACAGCAACUUCUUAGAGCGACGAAUUUAGUGGGAGAAUUGUGCCUAAAUGAACUCGGCGUGAGCUUCAGAAGACCUGUCCAGAAACACUUGCACCAAGUAAAAAGGCUGAAAGGGAAGCGAGUUCAUGCAGGGUUCAUCUCAAGGCUAGAGUAGAUUUAUGACACUUGCAUAGAAGUUGGUGGUUGUUAACUUUAGCUUUUAAGCACUUUGCUGCCCGGCCAUGUGCUUGGCAUCUGCAUAAAUGCCAUAGAGACCACAUACAAAUAAGGCUGGGGUUUGAAAUGGGCCAAUUAGAUGUAACCUCCUGGUUUAACAGGGACAUUUUACUGCGUCUGCCUUCUGUCUGCUGUGGUGUGUGUCUGGGGAAGAGCACACACAGGAGGAGGCAAAUUGGUAUAAAACUGUUUUCAUCAUAUUUAUUUUAUCUCCUUCUCUUCCCCAGCUGCCUUGUAUACUUGAUGUAUUACUGAGCUCAGUAUGCCACUGUUAGCUUCACAAGUUCUUUGCAAAGGAUGACUUACAAGACUGUAGAUGCUAACAGUGAGUGAUCUUCUUGUAUGCUUUGCUUUAAGAAACAACAGUAAUGUACAUAGUAAUAUAUAUUUUUAUUCUCACAGUAUUUAAGUGACAUAAAACGAUGUACAGAUGAAUUUGCUAUUGUUGCAUCUAUUCAGUUUGUGACGUGGCUGAUAUUUUAUCAAUAAAUUGUUGGCAAAACACGA